AUGCGGGACACUGUUGCUGCGUGGAUUCUGAUACUGGCAUUAACAGUGAACGUGUCCAGUGCGUUCUUUGUACAAACACCACAUCCUCUACCUGGAGCGUCCAGCACCAUCAAACCAGAUCCGCGUCUAAGUUACAACAUCCCACAGAACGCCAACUGCGGCUUCAAACUGCACCAGAGCCACGGUAAUCUAUUGUCGCAUCCAGGCUUCUCCAAAAGUCAGCUGUAUGAGCCGGGGACGCGAUGCCGUUGGGAGAUUGAGUCAACACGCAAGGGCAACGUCACCAUCCGCUUCGAGAGUAUCGGUAUCCGGGAGUUUGACUACGCUGUGGUUAUUGAUGGGAGUCUGGAGGGGAAACUGGGGUUCAUGUGCAAUGUGGACCGCUACAAAGCGCUGGGCACUGCUGGAAACGAGUACUUGGGUAUAAACCAUGCCCUCCUCAAACGCACCCCACAACCAACGUUCACCAGUUCCACGAACAGACUGCUCGUUGACUUCUGCACCCACAUCUUCCCCACCGGAACUAGCCGCACCGGCUUCGAAGCCACCUUUCAAACCAUCGCGCCCGCACAACCCAAUCCUCCGGAAGGCAGUGGGAUCAACCUCAUCCCCAUUCCGGCCAUGCCCAUCGUCAGUCCCGCUCCUUCCCCGCCCCACACCUGCGGUCGCCUGCCUAACCAGACCACCGCCCGCAUCGUCGGCGGCAGCAGUGCCCCGCGCGCCUCCUGGCCCUGGAUGUGCUCGCUGGUGCAUGGACGCCGCCACCAGUGCGGCUGCGCCGUGAUCGGGGAGCAGUGGGUCAUCACCGCCGGUCACUGCUUCCCGCGAAUCAUCGAACAGGACGCCGCCGUGCAGCCGAAAAUGGCGGUGGUCAUCGGGACACAGGAUCUGAAGAAUGCCCGGUUGAAGAAUUUGUUCGAUGUGGAGCGGAUUGUGCGGCAUGAGGAGUAUAUUAAUUAUCGUGGGAUCUCGCAUGAUGUGGCCCUGGUUAAACUGAGGGUACCGCUGCAGUUCACGGCCAACGUGCAGGCCGUGUGUCUGCCGACACGUGCGCUGGAUCAGGUGGCGGUUAACGGACGCGUCAAGUGUCUGACGGCGGGAUGGGGUGUUACAAAUGCCGAACAGAUAUCCGAACUCGGCGAAAUCGCCACCGGCCCGGACGAUCUUCAACAGUUAACGAUCGACACAUUGUACACUAAUGAUGAAUGUCGACUGGCUCUCAACAAGGACGUAUCCGAUGUCUCUUCUCAAGUACGCAUUACGGACACAAUGUUUUGCGCAGGAUUCCGUGUAGACGAAGGCGGACAUGAUGCCUGUCAGGGCGACUCGGGAGGACCAUUGGUCUGUGAAGAAAACGGCCGAUGGGUGUUACAUGGAUUAGUGUCAUACGGACUCGGGUGUGCGAGACCCGGUAUUCCCGGAAUUUAUUCGAAAAUCUCUGCGCUCCGGCCGUGGAUAAGGGAAAGGAUGGAAAGCAACUAGACCGCUGGUGCUGUUGAAAACAGGAAGCUACAAUGGCUGUAGUUAGUAUUAUUCAUGCUAGCAUACAAAUGAUUGUAUUACGUAGAUCGAAAUGCGAUCCGGUAAUGCUGGACCGGUUAGAGGAUUGAU